AUGGCUACCAGACAAGCCCAAAAACGGCUAACAAAAGAGUAUAAAUCCAUGGUGGAUAACCCACCACCAUUCAUUAUAGCACAACCCAACGAAGAUAACAUUCUGGAAUGGCACUACGUGAUAUCGGGUCCUCCAGAUACGCCAUAUGCUGGAGGCCAAUACCAUGGAACGCUUUUGUUUCCGUCUGACUACCCUUUCAAGCCUCCCGCAAUACGAAUGGUGACACCCAGUGGACGAUUCAAAGAGGAUACCCGUUUGUGUUUGUCGAUGAGCGAUUACCACCCAGACACAUGGAAUCCGUCAUGGUCCGUAUCGACCAUUUUAACAGGCCUCUUGAGUUUUAUGACAGGUAAUGAAAGUACAACAGGUGCAAUCAGUACUACUCCACACCACAAGAAGAAAAUGGCCAGAAGCUCGAAAGAAUACAACACUUUCAAAAAUGCUCGAUUCAAAGCGGUGUUCCCAGAUUUGGUAAAAGAGAAUUUGGCGUAUUUCGAGGAACUCAAGCAGAAAGGUGAGCCCGAAGUUGGAGCUCCAGAUAGAGACGUGCUAGAAGAGGCCGCUAAGGAACAGGCAAUAAAUGUGGCGGAUAUCACAGACCCAGAAGACAGAAUCAGAGUCGAGGAACAACUGCUCAAAGCGCAAAAGGCCAAAAAAACAAAAGGUGACAAUAAUCGGUCAAAAUUGUACAUCUUCUUUGCAAUUGCCUUGGUACUCGCAGGAAUCAUCAUGAAAUAA